CAGACCUCCCAAGAUGAUGAUGAUCGCAAGCACCACAACAACAACAGCGGUUGCUGGUCUGACGCUGUGUUUGUGGUACGUGGCGUUUGCGGUAGCCGCGGUGGCCGUGCGAUGGCACUGGCCGUGGCUUGGGCUGGUGCUAAGCACGCUAGCGCCCGUCAUCAUGGUUGUAAUUGCGCCGACCACGCUGCCGCUGGAGGUCGUGGUCAUCUACUCCUUUGGAACCAUCACGCAAUACAUGCGCGUGUGCGAUGUCGUCGUGGCGGCGCUGGCCCAGCACAAGACACCCACGAGAAGACCCAGAAGAGGAAGCAGUAUCCGCCUCAACGCCAGCACACGCGAGGGUGAGACACUGUCGUCGCAAUCCCAUGAUCAGCGCACGCCCUCGCCACCCACGUCCCCGACAGUACCACCAACAGUACCACCGCCAUCGCUAUCAUCAUCAGCGCCAUCACCAUCAUCAUCAGCGCCAUCACUAUCAUCAGCGCCGGACGGGGUUUCAGUAAAUGUGAAGCAGCCGCGUCGUCACCGCCGGCAUGCUGUGUUCUUUUCGAGCUCCACCGCGUUUGCCGUCAUGUACAUUCUCGCGUACCAUGACCUGACCCUGGGCAAGUGGGUGUCGUCGAGCGGGGCGGCGCUGCGCGUUGUCUGGCGAGCGAGCCGCUCUGGCCUGCUUGUGCAUGCGCUGUCGGCGGCGGCCCUUGGCCUCCUGAUGGGCCUGCCGCACCUCACUGUGGAGCAGGCGAGGGAGGCGCGCCACCUGCCGCACGACGCAGACAACCACCACCUGAACGAGGCGGGACGCCCGCCCUGGCAGCCGCCCGCACACUCGGAGCUGCUGCCCACAUUCUUCUCCUUCUCCGGUCUGUUUGGCUCCGCGGAAACUGCAGCAGUGGCUGGUCGAUAUGCACAGGCCGUCGCAGCCCUCGCCGUGCACACUGUCGUGUUGACGUACGGGGUGACCAGUCUGUACUUUGUGGACAUGCUGUGGGGCAGCAUCCUGUCCCUUGGCUGCCUGUCGUGCCGCAGCACGGUUGACAUGCCCCGCCUCUGGGCAGCGGGCACGGUGCGGGAGUUUUGGCGGAGCUGGAACUUGGAGAUGCAGCACCUGUUGCAUCUGGCCAUCUAUUGGCCACUGAAGCCCGUGCUCGGCGGCUGGGCGGCGGAGGCGGCCACGUUCGCUGCGUCUGCGCUGCUGCACGUGCUGCCGUUUGCGGUGGGCGGUGCAACGGCGCGCCACCUGGCCAUGAUCGCCGCCUUCUUCAUGGCGCAGCCGUGCUUGAUGCUGCUGGAAAGUUGUUGUGCUGCUGGACACGUGUUUGUGCUUCGUGGGUGGCUGUGGGUGUGGGGGUCCUUCUUUCUCACCACGUUUCUUCUCACCCUCCCUGCCAUUGAGUUUGCUCUUCCUCACCUCCUCUUCCUCUUCCAUUGA